AUGGUCGGGUACAGCCACACCUUGAAUACCACUGAGUACAGUUUUGGGUGCCACGGAGCAGUAGAAACAGUACUAAUUACAUAUGCAGCUUGCAUUACACAGUAUUUUGGCUUUGUGUUGUUAACAGUUUCAGAGUGUCUCCUGCUACCUGCGAUGGCACAUGACUGGUAUGUGGCCAUCUAUAAGCCUCAGCUUUAUACUACCAUCAUGAUUGAGAUCAUGUUUGAGAUCAGGAAGAAAACCUUCUACACCUGUGCCUCUCACCUGACAUCCAUCACCAUUUUCUUUGGAUCCCUUACUUUUAGCUACAUCCAUUCCAGCUCCAGGUACUUAAUAGAGCAGAAGAAAGCACCAGCAGUCUUCUGCAUGCUCCUGGUCCUCAUGCUGAACCCCUUGAUUGAUAGCCUGAGAAACAAGGAGGUGAGGAGCAGCUUCAGAGGGACAUCUAAGGUAAGAGAGCUUUUCCACUAA